CGGACAAUGGCGUCCGUCGGGGCUCGGAGGCCCUGGCGGGCCUUUCCUCCGCCGUCCAAUCCGCUUCUUCUCCACCGCCCGGGGGGGCGGGACGGCGCGUGCGUAGUGCGGAGCGGCGCGCUGGGACGGGGCGUGGGUGCUGGGAGGCCCGUCAGUCGGGUCGAGUCGCUCGGUCCUGUCAGGUCGGCGAGCGGCGGCGAUGGGCGCCGGGCGCGCCAGGGCGUCGCGGCUGCUGCCUCUUCCGCCUCCGACGCUCGCCUGAGAGACAUGGACGACGAGACGGAACCGCCGCUGCCGUCCGGAGCAGGACGGAGGCCAACGGGAGCGCCGCGGCCUCCUCCGCCGCCGCCUCCCCCUCCGCCGCCGCCUCAGAAUGGUUUCUACCGGGAGCCACCUUCUGAACACGACCCGCCUCCCGCUACGGAUGUUGAACCGAUCAACUCCCCUUCCUCCGCGCUUCCCUUGAACGCUGGCAGCGCCUGGGCAGAGCAGCGCACCUGCCUGAUUUGCGGCGACCGCGCCACCGGCUUGCACUACGGCAUCAUCUCCUGCGAGGGCUGCAAAGGCUUCUUCAAGCGCAGCAUAUGCAACAAGAGGGUCUACCGGUGCAGCCGUGACAAGAACUGUGUCAUGUCCCGCAAGCAGCGCAACUGUUGCCAGUACUGCCGCCUGCUCAAGUGCUUGCAGAUGGGAAUGAACCGGAAAGCGAUCCGCGAAGACGGGAUGCCUGGAGGAAGGAACAAAAGCAUCGGACCCGUCCAGAUCUCCGAGGAGGAGAUUGAGAGGAUCAUGUCCGGGCAGGAAUUCGAAGGCGAGGCCAACAUCUUGUGGAACAAUAACGGAGACAGCGACAACAGCUCGCCCGGAAACGGGGUGUCGGAGAGCAACCAGCCCUCGCCGGUCUCUACUCCUUCAAGCAGAUCCGUCGAGCUGAACGGAUUCGCUGCACUCAGGGAUCAAUAUAUGGGGGCGCCGGCACCUUACCAGUACCUCCCGCACCUUCUGGGCUGCCCAGCUCACUCGGCCCUGCUGCCCCCGCAACUCCGAAGCUUCGACCCGCAGUCCCACGGCCUCCUCAUCAGCCAGCUGGUCUCGGCCGAGGACCUGGAGCCACUUGGCACCCCGAUGCUCAUCGAAGACGGGUACAAAGUGACUCAGUCGGAGCUCUUUGCGCUGCUGUGCCGCCUGGCCGACGAGCUGCUUUUCCGCCAGCUCAGCUGGGUCAAGAAGUUGCCGUUCUUUGGCGAGCUCUCCAUCAAAGACUACACCUGCCUGCUCAGCUCCACCUGGCAGGAACUGCUCCUCCUCUCCUCUCUCACCGUCUACGGCAAGCAGAUCUUUGGGGACCUGGCAGACGUCACCGCGAAAUACUCCCCCUCCAACGACGAGCUCCACAGGUUCAGCGAAGAAGGGAUGGAGGUGAUGGAGCGUCUUAUCUACCUGUACCGCAAGUUCAGCCAGCUGAAGGUCAGCAAGGAGGAAUACGCCUGCAUGAAAGCCAUCAACUUCCUCAACCAAGAUAUCCGAGGCCUGACCAACGCCUUCCAGCUGGAGCAGUUGAACAAGAGGUGUUGGUACGUCUGCCAAGAUUUCAUGGAGUUCAAGUACCCCCAUCAGCCCAACCGCUUCCCCGAUCUGAUGAUGUGCUUGCCGGAGAUCCGAUACAUUGCAGGGAAAAUGGUGAGCGUCCCGUUGGAGCUGCUGCCUCUCCUCUUCAAGGCUGUCCUGCACUCCUGCAAGGCCGGCGUGAGCAAAGAGUGAGCAGCCUCCUCGGGAGUAAGAGGAGGAGGAGGAGGUGGUACACGCAAUGGACGGAAUGGCUGCAGCUGGGCAGUGGGUAGCCUUGCUGUUGCGGCAGGAAUCUUUGCGGGGCUGGUUGCUUUCUCUCUCUCUCUCUUUCUUUCUCGUUCUUUUCACUAUUUAUUUCACGACAAAGUUGAAUGUAUAAUCUUCAACCCCCCGCACACGGCGUUUCGUCCGAUUGCGCAGCCGCUGCGUCCUCUCGCCGUUUACAGAAUGUGAAGAUGUUUGUUAACAGUGUUUUUUUUGUAGGGUUAGACUUCUUUUUUUUACCAGGGCGAUAAUUUUUAAGACUACCUCAAGGGGCAGCUGCUGUGCUCGUUCCUCUCUUUCUGUGUUCAUUCUCGGAGGCCAGAAUCUGCUCUCCCCUAGAGAAAUGCCAUGUUUUGUGGCUGCCCUCCUCCCCCCCCCAAAAAAAUCUCUUCUCAGAACACCUCAAAAUACACCCUCUUGGCACUCCAGAACCAGACGCCACUAACCCCUCACCACUAAAGCACAAGGUUGCAAGGACGAUGGCCGAGUCUCAGCGGGUGCGAUGGCAGCCCCUUCCUCGUGCCGCCUGAGGGGCUCUGCUCUACAGUUGAAACUCGGGAAAUUAGAAUAUACUAGCUGGCACCUGCCACGCAUUGCUGUGGCUCAUCCUUAAUUCCAUUCCAUUUACAGGUGGAACUCGGGAAUUAGAAUAUUGUCGAAAAGUGCAUUUAUUUUAGGAACGCAACUGACUGUUUUUAAUUUCCCUUUUCAUUUUGAAAGGAAUGAAAUGCCACCGGAAUAAAACUGAUAGUUACAAUCAUACAAAAAACUUUCUUUUGGAAAUGCCACCGAAAUAAAACUGAUAGUUACAAUCAUACCAAAAACUCAACAAAAGUCAACAUCGCUAUGACAUUUCAUUCAUUACACUAGCUGGCCCUGCCACGCGGUGCUGUGGCUCAUCAUUGAUUCCAUUCCAUUUAUAAUUGACCCGCCUAAUUGACAACCAAUCGACGCUUUGCAUGUCACGCAUCUAUCUCACAUACCGGUUUCACCUUUUCAGUUGCGCCACUGAAAUCAAGGCACUCUUCGAUGCUAUUCUAAUUUUCCAAGUUUCACCUGGACAUUUUGGAGGCUUGGCAUCUUUCUAGGGGAGAUCCUGAUAUACAGGUUGGCCCUGGAAUCGCAACCGCAGAACUGAGCAUCAGGGGGAAACUCUCAGGUCCCUCUCCCCACCGCCAACCCAACCUAGAGCUUCCUUCGACCAUUGGCGUUUUGCUUUGUGCGGGCGGGGGGCUCCCUUUGCUAACCCCCCCCCCCGCACUCGACGCUGCUGUUGCUGAUUCCAGCAAGCUCAAACAGGUAAACGGCCCCGCAGCGGCCAGCUCUUUUUGUGUGCGUCACAAGACUGGCAUUCGCGCCCUUUUCCUUUUCCCCAUUGCUCCAAGUAGCAUUUGUAAAAAAAAUCCACUCCCCGCCACUUUGAAAAGCCUUCUGCUUUGACACGAUAUACCUCAAGGGGUAGUGGGGGUACACAAGUGUUGCGUGUCUUGUUUGUCUGUCUUUGUCGCAAAGCUAGAACUUGCUGCCUACCAGAACGAACAUUGGUGUUAUUUUUGUGUUGUGUGUUUUGCUUUAAAAGGGUGGGGUGGGGAGAGCUGUCCAAAAUACCUCCGAUUGACCUAUUAGUUACCUUCUGGUUUGCUGCUUCUACUUAGCCGGGAUUCUAUACAUUGCACAAGACUGCGGAGUCUAGCCCAGGCACCCCCAAACUGCGGCCCUCCCGAUGUUUUGGCCGACAACUCCCAUGAUCCCUAGCUGUAAUGAUGUGGGCUGCCUUCUCACGAGUAAGACACUCCCAACUCGGUGCCUGGUUUUGACAGAGUUUUAUUAUACAGGUGAAACUCGGAAAAUUAGAAUAUCAUCAAAAUUUGCAUUGAUUUCAGUAAUGCAACUGAUUAUUAUUUUAUUUAUCUUUCAAUUUUGACAAAGGCUUUCUUUUGGGAAUUCCACAGGAAUAAAACAAAUUGCUACAAUCAUACAAAAAUCAACAAAAAUAAACUUUGCUAUUGCAUUUCAUUAAAUUAUAAUAUCGUCGAAAACUGCAUUGAUUUCAGUAAUGCAACUGAUUAUUUUUUAUUUUUCUUUCAAUUUUGACAAAGGCUUUCUUAUGGGAAUUCCACAGUAAUAAAAAAAAUAGCUACAAUCAUACAAAAAUAAACAUCAGUAUGACAUUUUAUUAAUUACAUUCCAUUUAUAAUUGACCCGCCUAAUGACAAAUAAUGACAAUUAAAACAAAUAGUUGCAAUCAUACAAAAAUAAACAUUGCUAUGACAUUUCAUUAAUGACACUAGCUGGCCCUGCCACGCGUUGCUGUGGCUCAUUAAUCCCAUUCCAUUUAUAAUUGACCCCCCUAACGACAAAUAAUUACAAUUACAAUAAAUCAAGGCUUGACAUAUCUUGCUUUGCAUGUCACGCAUCUAUCUCAUAAAUUGGUUUCACCUUUUAAGUUGCGCUACUGAAAUAAAUGCAUUUUUCGACGAUAUUCAGCUUAUAAGCUGCGCUACUGAAAUCAAUGGACUUUUCGACAAUAUUCUAAUUUCCCGAGUUUCCCAUGGGCUUUAUUCGGUCGCAGACCAGCAUAAGCAAAACAUUUCAAUAAAUAGUAUAACAAUAGGAAUCAUAGCAAAUAAUUAGGAAAUAAAUGGGGGCCAAAACCAACCGUAGAGUAAAACAUAGACAUAAAAUACUGAAUUAAGCAUAGAUGGAUAAGCAUAGGUGGAUAAAAGUAAUUAGAGGGAUUAAAGGACUCCUUCAACAGCUAUAAGGGAUGGGGCUUCAAUAAUUCAGAUCGAACAAUCUGGGUCAUUUUAGGACUGAUUUGUAACAUAGACCAUCCUUCGACCAAUAUCUGUCAUGGCAGCGCAGAAUCUGGCGACUGAAUACUGUAUUUUUCGCUCCAUAAGACGCACUUUUUCGCUCCUAAAAAGUAAGAGGAACUGUCUGCGUUUUAUGGAGCGAAUAUGUGGUCCCUGGAGCCGAAUUGUCCACGGGCGAAAAGCAGAUCGUGCUUUUGGGGGGGGGGAGAGCUAGAGGCUAACAAGAGGGAAAGAAGGUGUUGAAAGGAAGCCACUCAGCAGCUGAUUGCAAGAGAUCGGGAGGGAGAUGAGGGACGCUAGCUCCCUUCCCAGCCCCACCCCCUUGCCCAGGCCUCCAUUGUUGAAUGUUCUGCAGACAGAGGCUGUUUGUUUCCCCAGCGACAUGUGACAGGCUGAUUAGAUUAUCUGUCUGGAAACUGUAGAAAUGGCUCCCUUUCCUAGAGAAGCUGCGGAACUGUGAGUUGAACCCCAUAAAACAGGAUUUUUUCCCUGCAAGGUAAGCUCAGCAACUUUGAGCUUUCCCCCUUUGCAAAAAAGCUGCAACUGUGAGCUGACCCCCCCCCCCCAAAAAAAGGGCUUUUCCCAUUUGCAAAAGAAGCUGCACAUCUUUGAGCUGAUGCUCAAAACAAAAACAUGGCUUUCCCCCUUUCCUCCUCUAAAAAUUGGCUGCGUCUUAUGGAGCGAAAAAUACGGUGUGUGACUUCUGGGCUUUCAUCCUGUAGUAAUAGGGAGGCGUGUUGUUCUGAAGCCUCUAUUUAAUGUCUGGGAGCAGGGUGAGGCCGACUGAAUCCAGGCGCACACACCAAAGGCUAAUGCAGCGAGCCAGGAGGUAACUUGGGCUGUCAUAAAUUUAUCGUGCAACCAAGCCCCACGAUGGCUUGUUUGGUUUUGAAAACAGGGUAAAAGUGAAUGUAUAAUGCUUUGCAGACUCAGGUAUUGUGUGAAGAAAAUAGGAACCGUAGCUUUAGAGACGUAGGGACCAUAGUAGGUCGCUCGCUUAGAUGGACUGGCGGAUUUGGCUUGAAGGACACUGUACAAAGGUUGGAAUUCUCUCUCUGCGCUGUCUUUUGUUCGGCGGUCGUUUUGCAAAAACAAAAGGGGGAACUGUAUAAUAACACACAGGUGAAAUGGGGGAAAUGAGAAUAUCGAAAAGUGCAUUUAUUUCAGUGACGCAAAUUCUUAUUUUUCUGUUUUCUUUUAAUUUUGACAAAUGCUUCCUUUUGGCAAUCCCACCGUGUUAAAACAAAUAGUUACAAUCAUACAAAAAUCAACAAAAAUUAAACACCGCUAUGACAUUUCAUUCAUUACCCUAGCUGGCCCUGCCAUGCGUUGCUGUGGCUCAUCAUUCAUUCCAUUCCAUUUACAGGUGAAACUCUGAAAAUUAGAAUAUCGUCGAAAAGUGCAUUGAUUUCAGGAACGCAACUUCUUAUUUUUUAGUUGUUGUUUUUUUGACAAAUGCUUCCUUUUGGAAUCCCACCGUAAUAAAACAAAUAGUUACAAUCAUACAAAAAUCAACAAAAAUUAAACACCGCUAUGACGUUUCAUUCAUUACACUAGCUGGCCCUGCCACGCGUUGCUUUGGCUCAUCAUUAAUUCUAUUCCAUUUAUAAUUGACCCGCCUAACGACAAAGAAUGACAAUGACAACCAAUCAUGGCUUGACAUAUCUUGCUUUGCAUGUCACACAUCUCUCUCCUAGAUUGGUUUCCCCUUUUAAGUUGCAUCACUGAAAUAAAUGCACUUUCCGACGAUAUUCUAAUUUUCCGAGUUUCGCCUGUACGUUUACUUCUUUUCCGCAGUGAACUGAGCCCAAGCGGCUUAUGGUAUACCAAAUACAUACUGAAAUAAAGAGCACGUCAGUCAAAUUCCUUAAAUGGCAACAGUCCCAACAAUUUGGCAAACGCAGAAUAAAUUCAAUUAUCCCCCCUCCCCCCAAAAAAUAUAUACCUGGGCUUAUUAAGUACACAAAUACAAAACAGAAAUGGAAGUUUACUGACAAUAAAGUUUCUUCUAAGGAGCCUGGCUUAAUGCAGUUUGGCGGUGAGGGGCAGGUGACAUACAGGUGAAACUCUGCAGAACCAGGCUGACCCACAGUGCAAGCUUCUUGGGCCCACUGCGGCCAGGAAGCCAAGUUGACAUCCUUCUCCCUUUCCCCCUUCGUCCCGAGCUGAAAUUCCCCUUUUGCCAUUCAGCGGCAGUCCUUCAAACCAACAUUUCCUCUUGUAUUUUGUUUUGUUUUAUUGCUGUUUAUAAUAAACUUGAACUUCUUUUUUUAACCUUUUAAUAAAGAUUUUAUUUCUAAAUAGGAAAAAACAACCAAAAAAGGUUGUGGGGUGGAGGGGGAGCCAUUGAUACCCCCUAUCCACCAACCAACCAACCACCCCACCCGAGCCCCUUGGCCAGGGGUCCCCAAAGUUACCUCGCCGAGGGCCGGUGACGUCAGCGCCGAGCACGCACCCAUAUGCGGUCGCCAGAACACCGGAAAUCGCUUGUGCCCAUGUGCAUGGGCCUCCCCCGGACAUGCGCCGGAUAGGACGCCUGCCCAUGCGCACGAGCUAUUUCCAGCGCUCCCGGCGACCUGGGCGGGGGUUGCCGGGGGCCGGAUAAAUGAGCCUCGUGGGCCGUAGUCUGGGGACCCCUGCUCUACCAGCUCUGCAACUACGAGUCUGUAGAGAUCAGGAGGGCCGUGGAAUUCCCUCUUCCUUGGCCUCUGACAUGGCAGAAGGGGAAGAGGGUGAUGGGGGGGGUGGUAACUGAAGUUAUGACGCGGGUAUUUUUUUUGUAUCUCGGGUGAUGCCAGUCCAAAGGAACGCUCUGUCUCGCGGCAGCAACCUGCGGGGGGUUUCUGUGGGUUCUCUGCGCGCCGAAGCUCAGGGAUAUGUAUUUAAACUGAACCCAGGGAAACCCUCCCCCCCCCCGUUGCGAGAAGCCCCUGUCUGGACUUGAACCCGCCCCACUCAGGGCACCCAUGGACCUCGACUGAGCCGCCUUUGCGAUAUAGACGCGUUUGUUCUUUCUUUCGUAUGAUAAUGUUUUUUUGUACUAGUUGGCCGAUAACUUUAUUGACUCAAGUUUCCAUAACAAAACUACCUCUUCUCGUGGGACAUCCUGUUUUAUCGUCUCAAAAGGGAUUGUGGGGGGCGGGGAAAGAAACAGAAAAGGAACAAAGCAUUUAUUCCCCCCCACACACACUUCAAAAAAAACUAAAACUAAAAUAACCUUGCUUCCUCUUUGUACAUGUUUCCGAGCGGAGAUGCAACGGGAGAUUUUGGAGGGAACGCUGCUUUGUCAAACUUCUCCAGAGAUUCUCCAUUCCUCGUUGGUGCUGCAGGAGAAUUCUUUGCCUCCCUCUCCCCCCUCGGGGCUGUGUCAGAAGGAGGUUGCAUGUGGGGUGGAAUGAAUGGAAAAGACGCCUGGAAUAGAGAUGUAAAGUUUCCGGAAAUUUUGAGGGGGGGGGACCUUGGUUUUUCCCCGGGGAAAAAGUGGAAAUUUUCAGAAAAAUUGAAAUAAAAUAUAUGCUACAUUAGCACUUCUUUUUUCUUUUCCAGAUUGAAAGUCAUUCUGUUACUUUAGAAACAUAAAAUAUACAGGUGAAAAUCGGAAAAUUAGAAUAUCAUCGAAAAGUGCAUUUAUUUCAUUAACACAACUUCUUAUUUUUUAUUUUUCUUUUAAUUUUGACAUGCUUGCUUUUGGAAUCCCACCGUGUUAAAACAAAUAGUCACAAUCAUACAAAAAUCAACACAAAUAAACAUGGCUAUGACAUUUCAUUCAUUACACUAGCUGGCCCUGCCACGCGUUGCUGUGGCUCAUCAUUAAUUCCAUUCCAUUUAUAAUUGACCCGCCUAAUGACAAAGAAAGACAAUGACAACCAAUCAAGGCUUGACAUACCUUGCUUUGCAUGUCACGCAUCUAUCUCAUAGAUUGGUUUCACCUUUUAAGUUGCAUUACUGAAAUAAAUGCACUUUUCGACGAUAUUCUAAUUUUCCGAGUUUCGCCUGUAACACUGGGCAAUUUUAAUGAGCAUAAAAUGAUCACAACUAGCAUAUUAAAAAUUGAUUGUAUCCAAACAAUUAUUACAAACAGAAUAAUUGGCAGGGGGUUGGACUGGAUGGCCCUUGUGGUCUCUUCCAACUCCAUGAGUCUACUAGCUGACCCGCCAUGCGUUGCUGUCAGCCAUAUGUCAGGAAUGCUUUGAUGGUGGUUCCUGCUUGGCAGGGGGUUGAACUGGAUGGCCCUUGUGGUCUCUUCCAACUCUAUGAUUUUGUGAUGUGAACAAAAAACCCCUCCACAAAACCAUUUUUAAAAAUCCAGAAGUAACAAUUAUUCAUAUUUCCUCUCCGCAGUAUUUAAUUUUUAUUUUUUUCAAUUUUUCGGGGGGGGGGGGGACCAAAAAAGGCUUCAGGAAAGAUUCCGGGUUUUUUCCUUGCCUUCACAUCUCUACUCCCAGCCGGAGGGAGGGGCGGGCAGCAGCAAUGCCUCAUGACCAAACAGUUCUGCAACAUCUUUCCCCCUACAAUCCCUUGUACAAUCAGGGAAAAGCAGGGUGUCACCACGACGUAACAAAUAGUGAAUGUUUAGCUGUUAUGUUUCGACAUGCUUGGAGCCGGAGCCAUCUGCACUGCAGGACAGCGACAGUGUUCUGACCCAUGCGGCGAAAGCCCAGCAGCCUCGGCUCUGAAGUUCUACUCCAUGACUUGACUACCUGUGGAAAUGUGACCAACAAGUGUUAAAUGCAUGUGUUAGAUAUUUGAACUAAUAAAUGUGAAAAUGGUUCUGCACCGCUUGGCUUCUUGAGCGUCCUUUCUGUUGACUGCUUCCUUCCUUCCAUGUCCCACACCAGGGCUAGGCAACCUAAGGCCCGUGGGCCAGAUGCGGCCCAAUCGCCUUCUCAAUCCGGCCCAUGGGCGGUCCGGGAAUCAGCGUGUUUUGACAUAAGUAGAAUGUGGCCUUUUAUUUAAAAUGCAUCUCUGGGUUAUUUGU